CGCGGCCAUUUUGGGGAGUGGCGUGUGCGCGGUGCGGCGUGGGAGCGGGAGCGAUGGGGCUGGGGCAGAACAACGCCGUGCGGGUUGAAUGGAUUGCUGCAGUCUCCUUAGCUGCUGGAGCAGCUGCUGUUGGAUAUCUAACUUACAAAAAAAUUCUCUCUAAAGACAAGUGUUGCAAAGCAAUGGUGAAUCCCCAUAUCCAGAAGGAUAACCCCAAGGUAGUCCAUGCCUUUGAUGUGGAAGAUCUGGGAGACAAGGCUGUGUACUGUCGUUGUUGGAGGUCUAAGAAGUUCCCACUGUGUGAUGGCUCUCACACAAAGCACAAUGAGGAAACUGGCGACAACGUUGGACCUCUGAUCAUCAAGAGGAAGGAGGCAUAGAGUGGACAGUAGAAGCUACAGAAUCAAUGUUUGACAAAUCCUCUGCUCUCGUAAUUGGGGGAAAAACCACAAAUUCUUUAUCAUUUCACUGAAGACUUCCCAAUGUAGAAUAUACAUCAGGCUUCAGCAUGUAUAUAUUCUCUGGUGCUUGUUGUCUUUCAAUCACUACAAUGCAUAAUUUACUAAGUGGUCAUGGUUUAAAUUUUUUGUCCUGUAAAGUGUGUCUACCCUCGCACUGAGUGUGAAACUAAAACAAUGCACAGAAUGUACUUUAUUGGGAAAUAGGUAUUAAUUUUUUUUCAAAUACAUAUGUAUCGAAAAGUAGAUGCUAAAAUCCUGGAGAUGUUCUAAAGUCACAGAGCUGGAUGGAUGUCUGUGUGAAAGGCAGUGUCAGGGAAGAAAUCACAGUGCCAAAAUGCAUCUUAACCUCUAAUUAUGCUGCAUUUUCUGCAGGUUUCACAUUUGGCCUCUUAAAUUACACUACUGUGCUGUGUGGCUUCUGUAAAAGAACAAAUUCGAAAUUGCUAGCUAUGAAUAGACUGCAGAAAAGGCUCAAAGUAAGAUGGGCCAGAGGGCAACUUUACCUUUGAUUUUACAGUAGUGUUGAAACCUGAUGCUACUUCCAUAUGGUAUCAAGAAAAUGCUGUCCAAACUGUAGACCUGUGUUUAGACUAGCAUUAGGAAAAUGGUCUCUGAGAGCUUUCUUAAUAGAUGAGUGGAAUGACACAAAGUGCUUCAAGAGCAGUGGGCAGGGGGUGGCAGGGUUUUUGUUGCCAUUAGAAAGCCUUAGUUUCACUUGCAGUCUUGCAGUGAAGCCAGCUUCCCCAGACUACAGGAUGCUUCUUUGGGGCAGCUAUGCUGAUUAAUUCCAGAAGCUAAAAUAGAAAUUAAAAACCCACCCAUCAUCACCAUCUGCUUCACCAUUGCCCUGGCUGGGUCUGGAAAGCUCUUGCUGCUGAGGAGGCAGGAGACACAUCUUACUAUGUGGCCUUCGGCUCUAUGUGUCUUAACUCCUGUCUCCCUGGACUGCCAAUGUGAAUUAGCUGAUUUUACCAAAAAACCAGGCAUGGACAAGGAAAAGCUUUGGAAACAUAYAGAAAUGAGGGAGGGAAGGAUGAGACAGAGAGAGCUCUUACCUUCCUUACCUGUGGUACUUGUCUGGUGUGGUUGCAUUAAUGGCUGUCAUGUUGAUUUCCUUAAAUAGCUUUGAUUUAUUAACAUGAAUAUAACUACAAAGCAAAACCCAAAGAAUGGGGCAGCAGGGGGCAAUUUUGUAUUAAACCARUCCAUGAUUAUAACUGUGGCCUGAAUAAGAGUGAACUCUGAAUGUCCUGGGACAGAAACUACCUCAGGGCUAGAUGAAAGGCCUUGUUAAGAAACUGACAUUUUAGCCUGGACCCUAAAGGAUUCUUCAGAUAAUCAGGGCAGGAGAGGUUCUAUUUUACUUUUUUUAAGGGUGGUUGGUGCAACUGUAUAAAAUUGAAGAUGUUUUGCAUAGUCUCUUAUGUGAGGCUUUCAGAGGCUGAGGUCUUGGCCAACUGGCCUGAAUUUGGACAGACRGCACAAAAAGUAAAGAAGGAGGCACAGGUAGAGAAAGGGUUUGCAGGUGGAGUGUCGUAGUAAUGGCACUACUGUCCAAGAGACCUCUACUUGAAAGAAGUUGCAGUCAGAUAGUUGCAGUUGUCUUUUCUGCCUGUCUUGUCUUCUGACUGUAAAGACACUUGAUGUUUUUUACUUUGYUAAGUACUAAAGUAUAUGUGAAAUUGCUUUAACCUUAGAUUAUCAAAUACAUUGCUUUUAUCCAAAACAAAGUAACUUCUGUAAUAUUACAAUAUGACCCUGGAUAUUUCUGUAUUUUUGUCAAAAACACAUUUGAGCUCAUCUUAAUCUCAAGGCUGUAAAAUGCGUGUUCUCAUGGGUAUGCUGUCUCUUUAAGUAGUGCUGUAUAGCACUGCUACUGUAGCCAUGAACCUGUCUGGGAUGGAUUUUCCUUCUGAGACUCRUUUUCCUGUCAAUAUCAAAGCUUAGCUGCUCCUGAAGGAAUAGAAAUUCAGUGUUAAUGGUCUGAGAAAUUAAGUCCUGAGAGUUUCAAUUUCAGAUGAGUCUCCAGAGCUAUAAAACUAUUUUGUGAAGUUUCCCAAUAAAAUAUUUCCAGGGGUUUGGGCAUCAGGGAAGUGGGCCCCAUGGGAAGUUUUUAUUCCUGGGAAGCAAAGUUGCAGAAGCAGAGUCUGUUUUGGUGUACAUCCUGGUGACUUUUGUUUUGGAGAAGUGUGGCAUUUCUGAAUAUUGAUUUGAGUGGUCAGAUUUUAAUUUGAGGCAUGUACAAUUCCUUUUCUGUACCUAAAAUUUUUCAUUAUUUAUGCAAGCUGUUUWAAAGUGACAAUGAGAAGAGACUUGGAUUUGAGAAAAUGAGCUUACCAAGGAGUCUCAAUGAGCAUCACAAAGGAGCACUUCWUUUUUUCUCUUAGUACCAAAAUAGCUCACCAUGUCCUAAUGGGCGGAAUGCUUGACUGUUCCAGUCUCUUUCUUUAGUGCUUUCCUCACAUAAUCUGUAGAGUGUGAAGUGCGUUGGUUACAUUUCUAACAAGUUUUAACCAUAAAGAAACGAUGCGAACGUGCARUUUUGACAAUUGCAAUUUUGCAAUGUUGAAACUCCUAAAAGAAAUGUGGUACAAGUCCUUCACAUUAAAGCAGAGAAGAAUCCCUGCUGCAGAGUAAAACUUUCUGCUCCUCCUUGUUAUUUUCAACGUGUUUAUUGGGAAGGUCAAGAAAUUAAAGUACUGAUUCUUGAGUGAUUGAGUGUGACUCAUUAAAAUAGUGUGAAUAUCAGGUA